CAGCCCCUGUCUUUUAAAACACGUAAAACAGAUUCGUAUACUUCUCAAUUGGUAUUUAAAGUAAUUUUUCUCAAGAUAAUUGUUUGAAAAUGUGUAUGUGAUACAAGGUAUUUUUAAUCCAGACUGUAGGCUCUUCUCUCUAGCUGCAUUCUACACUUGGCUCUCGUUUCGACCGUCCACUAAGACAGAAAGCGCAGCUAUGAAGCAUCAACAAGUUAGUGUUGACUACUGGGCGAUGGGGAAGGCCAUGUUGACGUAUGGAGCGCUCACCGGGCUCGUUUGGCUCAUGCUCAGAUUGUUCAGUGCAAUGUUCUCAUUGCCACGUCGCCUGAGAGCACAGCAGGAGUCUAUGCAGAAUACCUUAGCCGAGUUGCAAAGACGCUACCCAGAUCUGAACAUCACUGAAGAAGAUCUGAGAGACGCAGAAAAAGAGCUAGACGAAUUGACUAAAGAAGAUGACGAGAAUGAAAAGGCCGAUAAGGAAAAGACCGAAAAAGAAUUACCCGAAAAGACUACUCAGGAAUCUAUGCCAAUAGAAGAUAAGAAAAAUUCAUAA